CGCCGGCGUGUCGGGCUGUGUGUAUUGUCUUAAAAUGUCGUCGGCGGAUAGCGCGCGCUCACGUUCAUUGUUUAUUAUUAAAAAGUGAUAAAUCAAAUGACUUUGCAAUAACAUUGUAUAGCCUGUUUGUAAUUGAAACUUUGUGACAGUGUUUAGUGGAUUAGUGCUUGUGCUGGUGGUAAUCAUAACAUAAGAGAUACAGUGAGAUUGGCAAGAGGUUCGUUUGAAAGUUAAUAUCUGGGAUAUUGUGAUUAUUGAAACAGAUUCGUUUAAGACUUAUGUUACUGUUGGUUAUAUUUCAAUUAGUAAUAGAGAUUAAUAUUACAAACUCUAUUUAAUGGAUCUGUGUCUGUAUAAACUAAAGGGUAGAUUACAAUAGUUAUUUUGUUAAAGUAUACAAAUAUAUAUCUACUUUUCAGAAUAGAAUUGUGACCCUAAUAAACUAUGGAAUAACUGCUGUUUUAAGUUACUUUUAAAUCUCAUAUAAUUUCUAUUUUGCUAGUAUCCUGCACUCUAUGUUAUGAUUAUCAUUAAAGACAAAAGCUAAAAUAUAAAUUGAGCAUAUGUUAAAUGGCGGCCAUAUUAGGCGUGUUGAGAGCUAGGUGAUGCGAGCCGACCACGCCCACGAUGAGUUCGUUCCUCAUGAACGGCGGCUACCAACCGCAGCCGGACCCCAAGUUCCCGCCCUCCGAAGAGUACAGCCAGGCCGACUACAUACCGCCCGGGGAAUACUACCAACACCAACACCUGCAAUACGGUUACCAACAUCAGUAUGCUCCUGUCCAAAUCGGUACCGGAUAUGGCUACGGCGGGUACUACCACCCGUUGCCCCAACAUCCUCCGGUCGCGCCGCCCCCGCGCCCCCCGGAGCCCUCGCAUCCAUCUGAUGCCGACCAUGGUUACGUCCCUCCCCAUAACUCUGAGGGGGCUCCUGGAUUAGCAGAGCUUGGACUGAGACUAGAGAGGCAUAUAGAAGAAGCGGCUCCUGCUGGAAGAAAACUCCAUGCGCUGGGCUGAGAAGGUUCUCCGGCUUCGGAGAUGGAUGACGAGCGACUUCUGCUGGACAGUCCACCAGUGGAGGACGACGACUCCUCAAUAUGUUCGGAUAAUACAGACAGGGUGAUAUAUCCGUGGAUGAAGAAAAUACAUGUGGCUGGAGCGUCCAAUGGAUCAUUCCAACCCGGGAUGGAGCCGAAGCGACAACGCACGGCGUACACCAGACACCAAAUAUUAGAACUGGAAAAAGAAUUCCACUAUAACAGAUAUUUAACGAGAAGAAGAAGAAUAGAAAUAGCGCACACUCUAGUCCUGUCCGAGCGGCAAAUCAAAAUCUGGUUCCAGAACAGACGAAUGAAGUGGAAGAAGGACAACAAGCUACCUAAUACCAAAAACGUUAGGAGAAAAACGAAUCCGGCGGGAGUGACAACGACCACGACUAAGGGAGCCACACCAAAGAGUAGAUCGAAUAAGAACACAAACAACAACGACAAGAAGAAAUCGAACAACAACGGGCGGCCGGACAGCAUAGAGAAUGUCACUGAUAAUAUCAUGAACGACCUCCACUGCGUAGGCUCGCAGCAGCUGUCGCACGACCCCGCCAUCAGCCCCAUGUCGCAUCCCGGGAACAUGAACCCGGGGCACAUGACGCCUCAUCACCUGCAUAUGAUGAGCAUGCACGGUAUGGACCCGGGCAUGGUCGCGAACCUCUCUGCCCACGGGUCGCCGGUCGCCGCCGGGUGCGGCACAGGCAUCAACCCCAACCAACCAGUCAUCAAAUCAGACUACGGUCUAACCGCCUUAUAAUCUUUAGAUGUGUAAAGAAGAUACUAUAUUUUUCAUUAUUAAACUGUAAUUCUCACCAUUCCUUUUGUGUCGAUAAGGUGUAAUAAAGUGAUUAUUAAUUUAAGCAUUAUUUUUAAGUUAUGUAUGUAUUCUUAGAUUAAUCAGUCAUAAUCGGAUGUUCGGCUAGAUAAGACAACUGAACAAUGUCAAAGUGUGAUUACUAUUAUUUUAGUGUAGUUAUAAACAUGUUCUGAGUGUUGGAUUUGUAUAUUUUAUUUGUAAGUCAUUGUCAUGAGUGGUGGAUGGCUCCGCGACUCAACGUCUGCCUUGCGCUCUAUAUUUUUGUAUGACUGUAAUAUUGUGUAAUAUUGUUUGGCGAGCUUUCAACAAAUACAAUGAAGUUACCAGUUUAUUUUUUACUUUCCUUUCUAUUUUAAAUGUUGUUAAGACAUCUACUUAUCUGUCGAGGUUUUAAAGCUGUUGGGCUAUUGAAGAGAGUUAAUACUAGUCAAAAUUUUCUUAAUCUAAUAAAAAAUAAAUUAUCAAAUGACAUAUUACAUUUACAAUAUAAAAAUUACUCUUGAUCAUAACAAGCAUGGCCUUGUAUACGAUUAUUUUCCUAUUAACAUGCUUGUUAUGACGUUUUCUAGAUACCCACUUAAAUAAUACUUAUCAAAGGAAACAGGAAAACAUGUAAAGAUGUAUUAUAAUUAUAAGGUAUACUAUAUAUACAUACUUAAUAUACCAUAUAACAAUAUUACUUUACGUGCGUAAUACAAAGUGUGUACAUUAUUUCCAACAUUAAGAACAUUUUGAAAUAUAAAUUACAGGUAAGUAGAUGUUUCCUAUAUGUAUAUAAAUAAUCUAUAAUACAAGUUUGUAAGCAAGACUCAUGUGAUGUAGACAAUGACUUAGGUUUAGGUACAAAAUGUGGAUUUUAAUUUUAAACGAGAAAAAUUGUUUUGUAACUAAAAUAGGAGAAAUGUGAAUACGAAACCAAUAAAUAUAGUAACAAUAUGAA